GUGAGGCAGCUUGUGUCCCUUAUGUCUCUAUGGAGGGAACAGAACACACUUCCCAGAGCAGCACAGCAGAGAAGGACAGUGCUCCAGGGAUGACGCCCCAGGUGCCGACCUCCAGUGGACUCAACGCCACUGCUAGGAUGAGAGCAAGGAGAGGAGACACAGCUGGAGCCUAUCUGGAGUAAAACAUCCAGAGGCACAAACGCCGGGACUGCAACUUUCACAGCUGGGUCCAAGCAAAGGGUUCGCUUUCAGUUGACGAAACAUGAUCAGAAGAUGCAACUAUGCCACAGAAGAAGGAGUCUCAGAGAAUAAGGCUUCUAUCCCACUCGCCAUUUGUGGUCUGAAAUUGAGAUGCUCUUUAAAGAAUAUCUUCAAAUGUCCCAACAGUGCUGUUAAUUCAGCAGCCUGGCGUUUAUCUUAUUUCUCCAGCUCUUACUGAGAGGAAACAUUAAAGGCUCCACUGAUAGUGCUCCUGGGGACGGGGGAAUAUUUCUUAUGAAGUCCUUAAAAUUUCACCACUGUUGACUGGGAGGAAGGAAAAAUGUCACCCAAAAUUCGGUGAGCUGUAUUUUUUUUUUUUUUAAGAUAGGGUUAGAGUUAUAGUUACUAAAAAUGUUCACGGGUUGCCAAGUGGCCAGUGCCCACAGCCAGUACUUAAGCAGGGACAAUACGGGGAUAUACCCAGGGCUGAAUGUUAACAGACAGAUGCAAAUACCGAAUAAUGGAGGCAUGGCGAUGUGCUCUGUAUACCAAGGUCAGACCUACAACCCUCCUGUCCAGACACCAGUGGUCAACAGUGUCCCAAUCCCACCAAAACCAAUGCCACCUAUUGCCCCACCUCCAGCAGUCAAACUAGGGCAAGAAGGCUUCAAAAAAGUCUGUCGAAGUGAGGAGGACAGCCCCAGCCCAUUUCCAGGACUGCCCUCCGGAGUGUUGGAGAUGCGCGUGAAGGAGGGCAGCAAAAUCCGUAACCUAAUGGGUUUCGCCAUGGCUCGGAUGGAAGGCGAGAAGGGAGCCACUGGAACCGAAGGCAGCGCCAGAGGUCUGAGGCAGGUGGUCUUCAGCGGGUCGGGAAGAGCAGUUACCAAAACCAUCACUUGUGCUGAGAUCAUGAAGCGUAAAGUGGGCUCCCUCCACCAGCUCACCAAACUGCGCUACAAGACUGUGAAAGAGGUGUGGGAGAACAGCGAAGGGGGGGCGUCCGAGAUGACAGUGCACAGGUCAGUCCCUUCUAUCAGUAUUCUGCUAUCCAAAGACCCGCUUGACCCCACGGAACCCGGCUACCAACCUCCGGAGGCUCUGAGCGCACUUUGGGAGGAGAGAGAGGGGUUCAAUUCGUCACAGUCAGCAGCAUGUAAAAGACCUCCAGGACCUUUGCCAUACACCGCGUCUUUCCCCCCUGGUAAAAGAGUGUGUCUGGGGGAAGGGGCCCAGGCGGCGCUCCCCCCUCUGUGACUGCAGGCUGGACUUGUGUCAAACAGUGGAGAGGAUUGAAUCAGAAGGAGUUCAUUUGGAGCUGCCCUCCGCUCAAGCACAAUGCUGAGACAAUCAGAACACUCACUCAGAUAGAACCGUGCACUCCAAGAAGAACUACUGGAGGGCAUAGGACCAUUUUGAAGCUUGACUCAACAGCAUUUAAAGGGAUGUUUUUCUUGGGACGUCCUACAUCACAUAUCAAAACUGACAUUUUCAUUCAAUGCAUUUUUCACAUUGAUAUGAGAAAAAGCCAUGGAAGUCACAGGGAGCAGAUUUCUGCUUGCAUCCUGUGAAAGACUUUGGCCCUUCCAUCAUUACUAUGUAGCUUCUGAAAGUACACAAACAAAACUAUUUCAAGCCAUUGAUAAAAAUAAAUGCAAAUAAUUUCAUGUCUGAUUACAAAAACAAAUUAAAUAUUGU